GGACUCAAUCACAGCCGUCCAUCUCAUCAAAUUCCCAAUCUCGAAACCCUAGCUCACCCCUCCCAAUCUUCCUUUGAAUAAUAAAGUUUUAAAUUUUGCCGUUCAAUCCCACCAGGGUUCCUUGAUAUUUUCUUUUACAGCGGGAUAGAGAUAAGAGAGAGAGAAAGAGAGAGAGAGAGAGAGGCUUGGGUUUGUGAAUUAUUUGGUAUUUCGCUAUUUCGAUUAGGGUUUUAAAUCCCCUCAUUUUUCGAAUUUAGGAACUGAAUCAGGGCCUUCUGGGAACUUUCUUGUAUUUUAUUGUUUUUUUUUUUUUUUUUUGGUUGGUUUUUGGGAUUGCCGGAGAUGGAGAGUGUGUCGACGGCAGCGACUGCGACGUCGUCGUUUGGGUUCGUGAAUUGGGAGGAGGUGUUUGUUUCCAGCGAUAAAGGGAGGAGAGAGGUUCAUUAUUAUUUGAAGCGAAGGGAUGGGAGCUCAGAUCUGGCUGUGAUAGGGAAAGAGAAGAGCUUGAGGCAUAUGUCUUAUCACUACGCUUUACGAAACCGGUCCCUUUUUCUCUCUCCGAGCCUUGCAAAGCUCAAGUCUCGGAGAGAGGUGGUUGAUUGGCUUAACUCGGUCGUUUCAGAUGCUUCAGCAAACAAGCCGACUUAUCUAGAUGGUGGAUUAGUUGGUGGUAAAGAUGCAUCCAAGUUAGAUAUUGAAUCUUUUAAGGAUAUUCAAUUACGGAAGUUGGGCCGUUAUACUAAAGAGUUCCUAUGGUUAGGUUCACCAUGGUCAUGCCGGAGAAAGCGGUGGCAUUACAAGUCGUUCCAGCGUAACGGUGUUAAAAUAUCUGUUCAUGACUUUGUAUAUGUUUUAGCAGAGGAAGAUAAACGCCUGGUUGCUUACUUGGAAGAUAUGUAUGAGGACUCUAGAGGCAAUAAGAUGGUUGUGGUACGGUGGUUUCACAAAAUUGAUGAGGUUGGUAUUGUUUUGCCUCACAAUUAUAAUGACAGAGAGAUUUUCUUUUCUCUUUGUCUUCAAGAUCUCAGUAUUGAAUGCAUAGAUGGAUUGGCCACAGUCCUCAGUCCCCAGCAUUUUGAGAAAUUUCUUAACGAGGCUAGACAGACCCGGCUGGAACCAUUUUUAUGUCACAAGCAAUUUGAGAAUGAAGAAGUCAAGCCUUUUGAUAUAACUCAAGUUAAAGGUUAUUGGAAACAGGACAUACUCAGAUAUAUGUACACACUUUCUCCUUCAAAGGAUUGUGGGAAUUCUCAGCAAUCAGAUGAAGACCUGAAAGAGAACAUGAACCCCAUUUCUGUCAGGCCAAAGAAGAGGCAAUGCACUGAGAGGCGAGAUUCAAUGAAUGUGGCAUCUGGACAUGUGCAGAAUUCACUUAACAGAGUAACUGAUCGCAAAAAUGGAAAUGAACUCUGCAGCCUAAGAGAAGGAGCUUCUGCUGCUACUUUACCUAAUAAAGUAGCUAAGGAGACUUCACAAUACUUAGCAGUAGGUUCUCAGGUUGAAGUUCUUUCACAAGACAGUGGCAUUAGAGGAUGUUGGUUUAGAGCUUCAAUUAUCAAGAAGCACAAGGAUAAGGUAAAGGUGCGAUAUCACGACAUCCAAGAUGCUGCUGAUGAGGCUAAUAAGCUUGAGGAAUGGAUUUUAGCUUCAAGAGUAGCUUCUCCUGAUCGAUUGGGUCUCUGGACAAGUGGAAGGACUGGUAUUCGCCCGUCUCCACAGUCCAAUAAAGGCCGCGUUUCAUGGGCUAUUAAUGUAGGGACUGUUGUGGAUGUUUGGUGGCAUGAUGGGUGGUGGGAAGGCAUUGUAGUGCAAAAGGAAUCUGAUGACAGAUUUCACGUAUAUUUCCCAGGUGAAAAGCAAGAGAUGACCUUUAAUCAUGGCGAAUUAAGACUAAGACACUCUCAAGAGUGGUUGGGAGAUGCGUGGGUCCAGAUGAAGGAGAGGCCAGAUGUUGUGACGUCAAUAGUAUCUCUUCUAGAAAAGAAGCAAGUUUUGGGAGAAACAUGUCAUGACAUUCCGGAACAAGUUACUGUCUUUGAAAGGGAACAAGUGAGGAAAGUUGAAAGUGGACAGGGUGAUUCAUGUCAGGAUUCUGAAUGUGGCAAGGAUGUAAGGGCUAAUAAACUUGAGGCAGUUCCAGAUCUUUCAAAGGAUGAUCUGCUUGCACAGUUGAAGUGGAAGUCAUCAAGAAAAAGAAGACGCAGUAGUGGCAGCUCUGUCCAGAAGAUGCACUACAUUGUAGCUAAUAACAAUGGCUCCCCUGAUGCUGUUCUCUCUCGCACAUGUGAAAGAUUUUUGCUCCCUCCUUCGCUGAAAGUUGAUCAUGAAAACUGCAAAUUCGCAGGGGAUUCUCUUUUUAGCUCUUCUGUGGUGCCGCAUUUAACUAGCCUGGUUAUGUCUAGGUGAUUGGUUCCCUUGGUGCAAUAGAUUUUUGAUUCCCACAUUAGCAUAACUGCAAGUAUGUGGGUUGCGAUGCCUCUAACAAUCGUUGUUAUGUUUUAGGUGAUAGGUAGUAGUUUAACCCUAGUUUCCCUACCAUUAUUUUUUUUUCCUUCUGGUUGCUUUCUUUUCCAAAGUAUAUAUACAAACUCUUUAUAGUGCAUCCGUUCGAUGGCUAUCUCUUUUCGCAGUCCAUGUAAUGCAGUUAGCAAUCUCAUCUCGGGAAAUGUUUAUUUUAAGAAGUCAUGGCAAUCUAGUUGCUCGUGGUGUUUGUAUCUAUGUAACAUUAGCCUUUUAGGGUCGAUAUGCCCUUAGAAUUUUAGGCAGAUUUCAGUAGAAUUACCUUAUAGAGCUCCUCUAACUUUGCACUAGUAGUUUAGAGCAAUGAGUGAAGGUGGAUUUCCUUUUUCCUUGUAAUUUGUAUAUCCUUUCUGGGGGUAAUAAGAAAUUUAUCUCAUCGCUUGCAUC